AUGGAAGAAAAGUUAAAUGAAAUGGAACAAGCUGGUAUCAUCACAAGGACAUCAACGCCUUACAGUAGUCCAUUGACAUUCACUCUUAAAAAAGACGGCUCAAUUAGAGUUCUGCUUGAUGCCAGAAGCAUAAAUAAGAAAAUGGUUGCAGAAACAGAGAAACCACCUAUACAAUUAGAUAUUUUGAAUUCAUUUCACGGAGCGAAUUAUAUCACUACCAUUGACUUAAAUAAUGCAUAUUUUCAAAUUCCGAUAAAUAAAGAUGGUAGAAAAUAUACUGGAUUCACAUUCAAUGGAAAGUCAUAUGUAUAUAAUGUUUUGCCGCAAGGAUUAAAAACAUCAGUAGGAAGCUUUAGCAGAGCCAUGAAUUUAAUAUUAGGACCAGAAGUCCAAGAAUUUUGUGUGAACUAUUUAGAUGAUCUAGCCAUUAUUACAACAGGAACGUUAGAUAAACAUUUGGAGCACAUUGAUAUUGUUUUAAGUAAAUUGAACAAAGCUGGCUUAACGUGUAACUUGCAGAAAUGUGAAUUUAUUUGUAAAGAAAUUAAAAUGCUGGGUUUUAUAAUUUCAACAGAAGGCAUAAAGACAGAUCCCGAUAAGAUUCGAGCGAUCCAAGAGUUUCCAGCACCUAAAAAGAUUAAACAAUUAAGGGCCUUUUUAGGUCUAUGCAAUUUUUAUAGAAGGUUUAUACCAAAUUACAGCGAGAGCAUAAUACCGCUCUGUGAAUUACUUAAAAAGGGACGAAAGUUCCAAUGGAGCGGUAAAGAACAGAAGGCAUUUGAUUUUAUAAAACAACAAUUUAUUAAUACAAUACAAUUGCAUCAUCCAGACUUUAAUAAGCCGUAUUAUUUACAAACAGAUUGUUCCGGUGUGGGUAUGGCCGGAGUACUAUAUCAGAUAGAUGAUAAUAAUGAAAUGAGAAUUUUAGGCUAUCAUAGUAAAGCCUUAAAAGGCCCCGAAUUAAAUUGGUCUGUUACUGAACAAGAGUUUUAUGCUGUAAUAAGCUGCCUAAAGAAAUUUGAAACAUAUUUGAGGGGCAGUAAAGUAAUAAUACUAAACUGA